AUGGAAGAUCUCGAAAAGCACCGGCCGUUGAGCCCCUCCCCAACCGACCAUACAGAGAAGUCCACACCUUCAACGCUCCAGGAAGGCCAUACAUCUGCUCAAGAAGCAACCGACUCGCGGAACAACGAGACUAAACGUUUCCCAGAAACGAAUCUCUCUCGUGGGAUUGUCGGAUGGGAUGGACAAGAUGAUCCUGCAAAUCCCCAGAACUUCUCCUCGGGCCAAAAAUGGGGUCUACUGGCACUCAUGAGCUCUAUCACCCUUAUUUCACCACUUGCGUCUAGCAUGUUUUCUCCCGCUGCAAGCUAUGUGGCUGUUGACCUCGGAGUCACGAAUGAGACGUUACUUUCCUUCAGUAUUACAAUCUUUUUGAUCGGCUACACGUUCGGUCCACUGCUUAUAGCACCCAUGAGCGAGAUCUAUGGCCGAAGAAUAGUGCUCAGUUGCGCCAACUGGUUCUUCGUCGUCUGGCAGAUCGGAUGUGCCCUCGCUCCCAACAUUGAGUCUCUCAUUGUGUUUCGACUCUUUGCCGGAGUAGGCGGUGCCGGCUGUAUUACCCUCGGAGCAGGUGUCAUUGCUGAUCUGUUCCCUGUCGAGCAACGCGGGAUGGCAACAUCGAUCUGGAGCAUGGGUCCGCUGAUCGGCCCUGUCGUCGGGCCUAUCUGUGGUGGUUUCAUCGGCGAAGAAAUCGGCUGGCGCUGGAUCUUCUGGAUACUAUUGAUUGCAAGCGGUGUCCUCUCAUUCGGAAUCGAGUGUCUGAACCGCGAGACGUAUGCCCCCGUGCUUAUACGGUGGAAGACAGCCAAACUGGCCAACGAGCUGGGCCGCACAGAUUUGCGCAGUGCAUACGAACCUCACAGCCAAGGCGUAUCUGUGGCCUCGACCCUGAAGUUGGGACUUAUGCGACCUGUGCAGCUAUUCUUCAAGUCGCCCAUCGUCCUUCUACUUUCGAUCUACAUGGCUCUCAUCUACGCCCUGUUAUAUCUCUUUUUCACCACGAUCCCGUCAGUUUUCCAAAUGCAAUACGGGUUCACUACUGGCCUCUCUGGCCUCGCCUACCUGGGCAUCGGUAUUGGUUUCUUUGUCGGCCUCGCGCUCAUCGCUCUCACAAACGACAAAAUCGUGAUGAAAAUGACCGCACAGAACGGAGGCAAGUUCGAGCCUGAAAUGCGGUUACCCACCAUGAUCUUCUUCUCCUGCUUCUCUCCCGUGAGCUUCUUCUGGUACGGAUGGUCGGCAGCUAAGCAUGUGCAUUGGAUCGUGCCCAUCAUCGGCAUGUGCCCAUUUGGCAUCUCGAUGAUGGGCUUGUUUAUGCCAAUCCAGACGUAUAUCAUCGAUUGCUAUCCCGCGUAUGCGGCUUCCGCGAAUGCCAUCUUGACUGCCACACGAUCAUUGGUGGGUGCGUUGCUGCCCCUUGCUGGGCCUAGUAUGUUUGACAGCCUAGGGUUGGGCUGGGGAAAUUCAUUGCUGGGGUUCAUUGCUCUAGCUUUUGUGCCGAUUCCCAUCUUCUUCACUAGAUAUGGCAAGGCUAUUCGGGAGAAGUUCCCGGUUAAUCUUGAUGGGAAGAAAGCUUCAGGGGAGUAA